GAAUCAUUCGGCUACUCAUUCAUUCUUCGAUCUCGUAAGCGACGGGUCGUUCGUAUCCGAUGCGUUAGGAGCUUCGUGUAAGGUAUAUCAUGACAAGUGGAGUAUAUUAGCUUAAAAAAAAGAUAGUGCGUCAUCAGUAUAUGAAUCAGUGCAGAUAGUGACUCAUCCUCAGGUGCAUUUGUGGAAAAAAUCUUACUUCCGAGAUAUCUAAUACAUUGCUCCCCUAUGUUGGAACAACCACUCGACACCCUGGCAUUCGACGGUGUGGGCAAUAAGCGGCUGGGACGGCCGAAAGACUUUUGGUUUAACGGAUUUCCGAAAGAAGAAAGUGUGUCAAUGCGGGAUCCAAAUUUAAAUGCUAAUUGUGUGUUAGGCCACACAACUUCAAGUACAAUCCGAUUUACGAUUACAACUACCCCUGUGGACGAAAAGCUACCAAUGUUCCCUUUUGCUCAAUUGAGCGAUUCUCCCAUACUCGACGCUUCAAAUAUAUUAUGCGAUGACAUUGGAGAAAUGAACGCACAACGUGGUAUGCCUCCGGCCGGUGGAGACGACGCUCGUUACUCGAAUUUUGUUGCUGAGGGAAGUCGUACUGAAGAAAUACAGCAAGGGCAUACAGUGACACAUAGGUGCUCAUCAAGUGGACCAACUGCAACUAUGCCUCCUACAUAUACACAGUCGACUUCAAUCAAAUUUGAUCGCAAUAUUAAAGAAAUAGAAACAACUAGACAGGACGUGCCAAUAAAAAAAUCUUCCUGCAUGGUGGGCGGAGAAGGCUUGGUGCAGAGCGAAAUAUACACAGCACCAGUAGAUGACAUUUGCCACUCCACCCGCCCACUAAUUAGCAACAUUGAAGUGAACAGUUCGAGACAAAUAGACGAGGAAACUGAGAUUAAAAGACUUGAAGGAUUUUUGAAAGACAAAAAUGCAGACAAUCACAAUAUUCAACAAUUUACUGGUAAUUGUACAUCGUUUGGUCAAGAAGACAUAAUUUCCGAUGAAGAUAUAGAAAUAUGUGAACAGAGUUAUUUGAAAGAAAGUUCCAGAAACUCAAGUCCACAACACUUCACGAAUGUCAGUAGCAGUAGUCCAGAUUUCAGCGCUUUGACUUCUGCUAUUGAUACCGACUUGCCAUCAUUAUCAACAUCGUCCGUAACAGCAAGCAAAGAUUAUUUCACUACUACAACUGUUACAACUUUAGGAAAUACCACUCUCGGACAUCCCACUAUUGAAGAUUCUCAAGAAAUGUAUGCCUCUACUUUGAUGGGCCAACCGGGGCAUUCUGUUGAAAUUACCGACUCCGGAAGAUUAUCCUCUUGCAUGAUAACCCCGACAACAUCAUCACAUCUUAAAGAAGAUGGAUUUUUGGGAAUACCUACAGAAACUCAAGAUUGUCACAAUACAGCAAUUGUAUCUGGAAUUACCAACCCGCCACCAACAUAUUCCCAGCUCGAUCUUUAUUCAUCGACUAGUGGUGGAAAUAUUGCAGCAAGCACUCAUAACCAAAUUGAGAAAACCUCUUCGUUAUCAGAUACUGGGAUGUCGCCUUGUACCGGCAGACCAGCAUCUGUUAUUUCUCACUCAUCUAAUUUCAGUCAACACGCUAUUUGUAGCCAGCAGCAAGACUUCGAGCAAAUGCGGAAUAGCAAUGAAAACUUUCACUCCAGAGCUCUGGACGCCGGGAAAAUUAAUUUGGAGAAGCGGUCUUUACCACUACACAAUAACAUCAAAGUUGAAAUGACAUCUCCACCCCCAGACGCUUAUAGCAACGAUAACUUUUUCUGCAAUGAACCUCGCCCGGCUCAAAGCAUGCCUUCCGAUCUGAGCGUGACAGAUUGUAGACAGCAGAGGCCUUGUUCCACCUCUAACGUUAUCAGACCCGCAGUACAUCAUUUUAAAGAGGAAAAUCAACACACUGCCAAUCCUCCGCAACAGCCAAAUCCAUAUUGCUUAAAUCUAUAUGGCCAAGGGAAGGUAUUUUUUAGCUUUAUCCCUGACGCUGGAGUGUACGACGUGGACACCACACAACAAUCUGUUGCUCAACAAAACGAAGCCGUCAAUCAAAAUGGCGACUUCUCUCGUAACGGUCAGUCCUUUCCCACGCACAGUAUGCCAGCUUCUUCGGUUGGAACUUUUUCUGUUCGCUCGCCAACAAACGAUGGAAUGUCAGGAUUAAUCUCAAAUCAUUCUGUACUAAGAGAUGGAUUCCAAAGGAAUUUACCAAACUUGCGACAUGGAUUUACGGAAGUAUAUUCAGCAAAUCAAAAUGAUAGUAGAACAUCAUCAUUUUUCCAGAAUAGAAAUACUGUUAACUAUGUAAAUCAAGGAUACGAAACAACGGUCCCUCCACCUCAGUAUCCAACAGACACUUUUCAGCCUACAUCUCUUAUUGACACCCAAGUUAUGCCGAGCUAUUUUCCAAUUGACCCACAAGUACCAAAUAGCACAACUUUGUCAGACCACCGUAAUUCUUAUAUUAACUUACAAUCGGAGUCGGCAAUGUUUAACAGCAGUCAGUACGAGUCCCAUAUUCCGAUGGCAUCUCUAAGUGCCAGCGGUACUUCCAGCUUUCACGCCCCAGUAUUUCAAAAACCUAAACGGAAGAUAUAUCAGCCACGAAACAGGCCUAACUCUGCAGCCUCUUCGCGGCAAUGCCAAUCGAAGGUAGCAACAAACGACAGACCUUACCUAUGUGAUAACACAGGAUGCGGCAAGCGAUUUUCAAGAACUGACGAAUUACAUCGCCAUAUGCGAAUACACACAGGAGACAAACCUUUUCAAUGCGAAGUUUGCCGACGAAAAUUUUCACGGAGCGACCAUCUUCGUACUCAUAUUAGGACACAUACUGGUGAAAAGCCUUAUCCUUGUCCCAUGUGCGAGAAGAAAUUUGCACGAAGUGAUGAAUGCAAACGCCAUAGGAAAACGCACGAACGAAAAGGCAAAAACAAAGCUGCGGUUGCCCAGUCAAACCGCAGUUUAAGUGUUGUUCGUGGACCUUCAGGAAUAUCAGCGAGACAAGACCGUGGUCUUCUCGAUCAGUCGUUUACGACGCCAUUUUAUGGGCAUCCUUCAAGCAACUUUCUUAGUCAAGAGCCUUCAAAUAAAAUACCACGCAUGGAAUUAAGUGCCACACCCAAGUCAAUCAAUAGUCUGGAUAAUAUUCAUACAGAGCCCCAGCUGCGGUAAUUUUUCUUGCUAUGAAAGACUGAAGAAUUUGACAAAAUGUAUUCCAUUAUCGCUGCAAUUUCAUUCAUUGGAUUCCAAACUUGCUAUACUAGCAAUUCUACAUCUACAAGGCGAUCACACGUAUGGAAAAAUCCUUUCGAAUAUCACAGUAUUUUCAAGUGUGUGGGCAUGAACUUGCAGCAUGUUUACACCGCAAUUUCUAUAAUCUUCCAUGACGAUGACGAAAGUGCAUUUUAUAUUAUGAAUUUGAUAGUUAAAUAUAUUUUUCUUGUGUUUGACAAAAUUCUGCUUUACAUCUAAAAUUGAAAAAGUUUCCAACCUUCCAUACACUGUCUUAAAAGCAUAAAAAGUUUCUGACAUCUCAGAGUAAAUUAUAAAAAUUUUAAUUGGUAACUUCAACUCAAUUAUGUGUACUAUCAGUCAAUUGUACAAUAAAGUUAAUGGUGUACCCGUUAAGGUGUUUGACAAUAUGUUUACUCGUGCAAGCCACUGAUAAUAGGUAACGAGUUAUAAAGGUACUUCCACUUUAUAUUAUAUGCAUCGUCUUACUCUUUACUUCUUACUUAUACAAGAAAUUUUAUACGACCAAUCACAAUGUUCCAUUUUAUUGUUUUAAAAUUGUUUAUAAAUUGUUUUCUCACGUUUUUUUUGUGUCUUUAUUGAAAAUAUUAUUGUUUUCAAGAAACUGCUACGUCCAUGGUUCCAAUUUUACGCAAUAGGUUGACAAGCAGCAUAAUACUUUUGCGUAUCCUUUUUAUUGUUGUUUAAAAUACUUUAUUUCUCCUAACGCUGUUGAUCAGUGAAAAUAUUGGUGUUGCAUUAUAUAAUAAAGUCUUAU